CCUAGGAGCCGCCUAGAGCUUAAUAAUUGUCCAGAAGGCGGCUAUAAAGGGAGUCUGGGUGGAGGAGGGAGCAGAAAAAAACCCAGCUCAGCAGAUCUGGGCACUGAGAGCCUCUAGCAGUAGUCAGAGGUGUUGUGGUGUUGUGGUCGGAGCUCAGUGUCCUGGCUGGCAGGGCCUGUUCUUUUCCACCAUGGAGGCCCAAGGCUACGGCUAUUAUCGCACUGUGAUAUUCACAGCCAUGUUUGGGGGCUACAGCCUGUACUACUACAAUCGCAAGACCUUCUCCUUUGUCAUGCCAUCGUUGGUGGAAGAGAUCCCUCUGGACAAGGAUGAUUUGGGGCUCAUCACCAGCAGCCAGUCUGCAGCCUAUGCCAUCAGCAAGUUUGUGAGUGGGGUGCUGUCCGAUCAGAUGAGUGCUCGCUGGCUCUUCUCCUCUGGACUGCUUCUGGUUGGCCUGGUCAAUGUAGUCUUUUCCUGGAGCUCCACAGUACCUGUCUUUGCUGCUCUCUGGUUCCUGAAUGGCCUAGCACAGGGACUGGGUUGGCCUCCCUGUGGGAAGAUCCUUCGGAAGUGGUUUGAGCCAUCCCAGUUUGGCACGUGGUGGGCCAUCCUGUCAACCAGCAUGAACCUGGCCGGAGGGCUGGGUCCUGUCCUGGCCACCAUCCUUGCCCAGAGCUAUAGCUGGCGCAGCACGCUGACCAUGUCUGGGGCACUGUGUGUGGUGGUCUCCUUCCUCUGCCUGCUGUUCAUCCACAACGAACCUGCUGAUGUUGGACUCCGCAACCUGGACCCUACCCCCUCCAAGGGCAAGAAGGGCUCCUCAAAGGAAGACAGCACCCUUCAGGAGCUGCUGCUGUCCCCUUACCUAUGGGUGCUCUCCACCGGCUACCUGGUAGUGUUUGGAGUCAAGACCUGUUGCACAGACUGGGGCCAGUUCUUCCUUAUUCAGGAGAAAGGACAGUCUGCCCUUGUGGGUAGCUCCUACAUGAGUGCCUUGGAGGUUGGGGGCCUCAUAGGCAGCAUCGCAGCUGGCUACCUGUCAGACCGAGCCAUGGCAAAGGCAGGGCUGUCUGUCUACGGAAACCCCCGCCACGGCCUGUUGCUGUUCAUGAUGGCUGGCAUGACAGCAUCCAUGUACCUCUUCCGGGUGACAGUGGCCAGUGACUCCCCCAAGAUCUGGAUCCUGGUGUUGGGAGCUGUGUUUGGUUUCUCCUCCUAUGGUCCCAUUGCCUUGUUUGGAGUCAUAGCCAAUGAGAGUGCCCCUCCCAACUUGUGUGGCACCUCUCACGCCAUUGUGGGACUCAUGGCAAAUGUGGGCGGCUUUCUGGCCGGGCUGCCCUUCAGCACCAUUGCCAAGCAUUACAGUUGGAGCACAGCCUUCUGGGUGGCCGAGGUGAUUUGUGCAGUCAGCACAGCCGCUUUCUUCCUGCUCCGAAACAUCCGAACCAAGAUGGGCCGUGUACCCAAGAAGGCUGAGUGAAGAGUGCCGGCUCUGGAGCGCCUUCUGCAGUGCCUCCCCAUUCAAACGUUAGGAUGCAGGGAGGGAGUGGGCGGCUCCUGCUAGGAUGGAACCUUUGACUGGAACUUUUGUCUUUCCAACUGGAACCUGUUUUUCUGUAUGUGCAAUGUCUCCUUCACCCAGGUGGCACUGAAAGUUUAUUAGUGGCUCAUGAGGUCCCAGCUCCCAGUCCUAUAUUUAAGCAAUAACCUCUGCUCCUGGACGCCAUUAGCUCAUGGCCUGCCUUCAAACAGGCAACCCCUGCAUAUACAUCCUGACGUCUCCUAUACCUUUCUUCCCCUUCUGGGCCCUGUCCUGUCUCAGUUCUAUCAGUUCCCACUUGGCAAGGCUGUUUCUGCAGUUGCAGGGCACUAAUGGUGAGUGACUUCUGCUCUGCCUUAAGUCCUCUCCAGAGUGAGCAAAGCUAUUGCCAGUACCUCAGGCUCUGGAGGAAGAAAGCAAGCCGGUACCCUGGGUAUAGCAGGGAGGAGAUGGAGGGGAGGGUAAGAUGACUUGUUACAGAAGAUUAAAACUAGAUUUGAUACUAAA